CCUAAAUUUAUGUUUCCCGUAAUCACUCCACCAUUUCUCCCUUCUUCCCCCAUCUUCUCCUCCGCUUCUUCUCUUCCUCCUCCUCCUCCUCCUCCUCCUGCUGCCAUAGGUCAAUUUUUCUGCAGAAUUAUCCCAUAAAAUUUGAACACAAUUCCGAUGUGAGCAAACCCUUUUCCUUACCCUCUUCAAUUUCUCAUCUAUUUUCUGUUUUGGGUGGUGAAUUUCGUUACCUUUGAACCUGCAUAUAAUCGUUUGAUGAAUGUUCAUUUUCUUCUUCAGUUAAUUUUUAGUCAAUUUUGGGUAUUAUGUCACUGCUGUCGUCAUCCGGAAAAUUUUCUUUUUCGGUUCUCAAUUAUAUGUAUAAACAAUAUACAAUUUAGUGAGUUAUUAUGAUUUUUUACAGGCCAGGUGUGCAAUGUGUGUUAAUGGCGGGUUUUGCUUCGUCUGCUGUCUGUUUUGUAGUUUUAGAAGUUUGAUCUUUCUCUUUUGUUUUUGUGUUGGGAGUGGCCAGGUUCAAUGAGCGUGGAUAGGGAUUUGGGAUCCAUGUUGGAGAUCUCUUUGCUCAUAUUUUUAUGAAUAUUUGGUGCCUGAAGUUAUGGUUUUUUGUUUUAUAUUUUUUCCUGGAGUGUGUUGUGCUAUAGUAGUUUAAACAAAGUUGUGUGUGGUAUAUAUUUAUGUUUUCACUUACGGAUCUUUGGUAGUUGUGUUACUUUGUCUGUUGUUUAGUUAAUACUUUAUUUCACUGCAUCUUAUGCUUAUUCCAUUAUCUUCUUCUUGUUUAAUUUUUUAAUAUAUGUGUUCACAUAGGUUUUUAUAUUGUUGGCAUUUACCACAUUGCUUAAGGCUUAUAUAAGAAGGUUGGUUUUUUUUGACCUGGGGUUUCAUGGGUUGAACCCCAGGACAAGAAAAAUUAUGGGAAGCUUCAGCGAUGAGGAUGAUGAUGAUGAUGUCAGUGUCAGUACUGAAGGAGAAUGUCGAUUCUUUGAUGCUGAGGAGAGUAUUGCAGCAUCAGGGUCCGAAUCAGAAUCAGAUUUAGACCUUGCCUGCUGCUCCUCUACCGCCGGCUUGCGUGGUGGUGAUUCUGGUUUGGGUAACUUUCUGUAUGAUUUCUGGAUUAGAAGUCCCAGAAGUGUCAGGGAGAGAAGAAAUGAAUUCCUUAGCUGGAUGGGUGUUAAUAAUUUAAAUAGGGUGCCAAGAGCCGAGUGUAGUGGUGAUAUUAAGGAUGAUCAUGAGCUUACCGAUGAUGGCUCUGGUAUCAAUAGAAUAACGGAGAAGAGUGGGGCUGUGUUAAGAAACUCUGUUGGCCAAGAUGAAUUCUCUUCUAGCCGAUCCAAUAUGUCAAGUUGGUCCUCAGAUGUGGGGAAUUCAAUGAGGAAAUCGGGCGCCAGAGGGAAUUUCUUGACAAGUUGUAAAUCAGAUUGCAGAAUAUAUAGUAAUGGCUACCCUCAGGCGGUGAUCUGUGAUGGAAGGAUGAAUGCGGACAAUUUUUUGGACACCUCGAGAGAGGGUCAGGGCUCAGCCACUUUACAUUCCGUGUCGCAGAGACAUGUUGACAUCCGAUGUGGUGGGAACAGUGGUAGAGCUACAGUUGGAUUGAGGGGUCGUUUGUUGCGUAGAAUACGUUCAAUGACCUGUAUGAUGAGUCAGCCAGGACACCUGGACAACUGGGGGAUUGGUGCAAGAACUAAGGUUCAGAGGAUUAAGGUUCGGAAAAAUAAAAAGCGAGUGAAGGAGCUUUCUGCUUUGUUCAAGGGGCAAAGCAUCCAGGCCCAUGAGGGGUCGAUCUUGGCAAUGAAGUUCAGCCCUGAUGGCCAGUAUUUAGCCAGUGCUGGAGAAGAUAAGGUUGUUCGAGUCUGGCAAGUGCUGGAAGAUGACAGGGCUAAUGAUAUUGAUAUCCCAGAUAUGGAUCCUUCAUGUUUGUACUUUACCGUUAACCAUCUUUCUGAAUUGGCACCUCUAGUAGCUGAUAAAGAGAAAAAUAGUAAUACGAAGUGUGACUGGAAAAGUUCAGAAUCUGCUUGUCUCAUCUUUCCCCCAAAGGUCUUUCGCAUAUUGGAGGAUCCAUUGCAUGAAUUUCAAGGACACACGGGUGAGGUCUUGGAUAUAUCAUGGUCGAAUAGUAACUGCUUGCUCUCAUCCUCUGUUGAUAAAACUGUUCGGAUGUGGAAAGUUGGAUGUGAUCAGUGCCUUGGUGUCUUCUCACAUAGUAAUUAUGUCACUUGUGCUCAGUUUAACCCUGUGAACGAUAAUUAUUUUGUUACCGGUUCAAUUGAUGGCAAAGUUCGUAUAUGGGAGAUUAGUGCCUGCAGAGUUAUUGAUUGGUGUGAUAUAAGAGACAUCAUAACUGCCGUUUGUUAUCGGCCUGAUGGAGAGGGAGGAAUUGUUGGUACAAUAACAGGCAUCUGUCGCUUUUUCACUGCAUCAGAUAAUCGCUUGCAGCUGGAAGGCCAGAUUUGCUUAACCGCUAAAAAGAAGUCUCCAUGCAAAAAGAUAACUAGCUUUCAGUUCUUCCCCAAAGACUCCAGCAAGGUACUGGUUACUUGUGCCGAUUCCCAAGUCAGAGUCCUCUCCGGAGGCAAUGUCAUCAGGAAGUACAAAGGUCCCCGAAGUGCGGGUAAUCAGAUCUGUGCUUCAUUCACAUCUGAUGGGAAACAUAUGAUCUCGUCCUCUGAGGAUUCUAGUGUGUAUAUAUGGAAUUCUUUUAAUCUGGAUGAUGAUUUUUUUCGAUCUCAACCGAAAACAAUAAGGUCAUUCGAGUGCUUCCGAGGUGAUGCAUCUGUAGUAGCUCCAUGGUCUGGACUGAAAAGAGGAAAUUCAGGCGAACCUUACCGGAAUUUAACCGGAGAAUUGCCUUUUUCGCCUGGCUUUUCUCUGGGUCAGGAGUUCUUCUUAGAGUCCAUACCCCGUGGAUCUGCAACUUGGCCGGAGGAGAAGCUUCCUGAUCCUGGCUCUCCAACAGUUGCUUCCAUUAUGUCUAAAUCACAAUUCAAGUUUCUCAAGACUUCCUUUCAGCGUUCAUCUGGUUAUCACGCCUGGGGUAUGGUCAUUGUUACUGCUGGCUGGGAUGGACGAAUUAGAUCAUUCCACAAUUAUGGGUUGCCAAUUGCUACUUGAAAAAAGGUUUUCCUUGCUGUCAAUGCAAGUGUUCAUGAAUUUUUUGGUGUCCACUUCUCCAGCAGAUACCCUCGUUUGGAAGCCUGGUUGGGUAACAAGUUUUAUCUUGGUCAUUUUACAAUGGCUGACUGGAUUCCAAUUAUCUCCCAAUGGAGGAGACCCUUCUGAUGUUCCUGGUAAAUAUUUGAUUCUGAUGAUUACGAGGGGUUUCUCAUUGCGUCUAAAUCGAUGUCAGCUCAUCUCGUCUCAUCUGCCCUGUUGGGAGAUAGGAGUUUAAGGAUUCUUUGAUUUGUUAUUGAUUUAAGAAGUGUUGGUACAGAUUAAUUGUCCACGGGAGAUGAAAUCGAAAGGGAUAUCAAUUUGCAUAUUGUUUAUCUUUAGGAUUCAUCCAGUGGGUCCUUUUACAACCUCUUCCAUUUGUUCAUGGAUUGGGAGCUUGGGCGAGAGUGAGCUGGUGGUCGAAAAUUGUUGAGGGAAAAAUCAGUGGGAUGCUUCAUCUUUUUCUGAAUGAUUGAGGUUUUUUGUCUGCCAUUUCAUUCCAAUUGAUGAAAGGAUCUGGGGAAGCAAGGUUUGGUUGCUGUUAGAAGUAUGGAAAUGACCCACAAGGGAUUUUUCUAUUUCAGGGGUCUGAUUUGGUUCUUCGUUCUUAGUCCCAGCAAAUCCAUUUGAGGUCCCUAGUAGCAUAUGCAAAAGUAGCCCUUUUUGGUAGCACUAACACAUGAUUGCACUGAAUAAGUGCUGUCUAACAUAUUUGUAAUUUGCAUAGUUAGCUCUUUGUACAGAUUAAUGUCCAUUUGGGAUGUAGUAGACUGGUGAUGAUUUUCGCUGCCACAAUAAUACACGAAAAAAGAACCAAAAGUUUCUUUGGUUCAUUUCUACCUCUAC